AUGCAAGGAGGUUUGAGCAGCCCUGGUGCGCUCUCUCAUGCUUAUGUACAACAUCCUCCGCUACGGUGUGACAUUCCAGAUAUUAAGGGGCUAUUCUAUGAUGAUGCGAAUAAGUUUCUUGUAGCCCCAACAGCUGAUCGGAUAUUAUACUGGAAGAUAGCUGCAUCUACUCAAUCUGGACCUCCAAACUCUGAUCCAAUUAAUGAAGGCCCCAUCUUAUCAGUUCGAUUUUCUCUGGAUCAGAAAGCCAUAGGGAUUCAGCGAUCCAGUCAUGAGGUCGAGUUUAGAAAUAGAGAAACAGGGGAAGGCUGUAGUAAGAAGUGCAGAGCAGAUUCUGAGACCAUACUGGGAUUUUUCUGGACCGACUGUCCCACUUGUGAUGUCAUAAUUAUAAAAACAAGUGGGUUAGAUCUGCUUGUCUAUGAGCCUCAGUCAAAUGCUCUUCGGUUAGUGGAGUCAAAAAAGUGCAGUGCCACCUGGUAUCUUUACACUCACGAAAGCAGGUUGCUUCUUCUUGCAUCUGGAAUGCAAUGUACGCUGUUCACUGGAUAUCAGUUUUCUGCUGGUGGGAUCGUCAAAUUGCCUAAGUUUGAGAUGGUGAUGUCUAAAUCCGAAGCAAAUAACAAGCCUGUCCUAGCUGCUGCUGAUGUUCACAUUGUAACAGUGUAUGGUAGGAUUUACUGCUUGCAGCUGGAUAGAGUCGGCAUGGCAUUGAACCUGUACCGGUUCUACCGUGAUGCUGUUGUACAACAGGGUACUCUCCCAGUAUAUUCAAGCAGAAUUGCAGUUAGUGCAGUUGACAAUAUAAUCAUGGUCCAUCAAAUUGAUGCAAAAGUUGUGAUACUUUACGAUGUAUUUAUGGAUUCUUACGCACCAAUAUCUGCACCACUUCCACUGCUUGUGAGAGGACUGGCCAGCAAUAGUAAGCAAGCAGCACAACCUGCAGAUCAGCAAUCAAGUGCAUAUGGCGGGACUUUAUAUGGAGAAGGUUGGAACUUUCUCAUUCCUGACCUCAUCUGUGAUGCUGAGAAUGGGCUACUCUGGAAACUUCAUUUAGAUCUGGAGGCUAUUGCUGCUAGUACUUCUGAUGCUCCUUCGAUUUUGGAAUUCCUUCAGAGACGAAAGUCUGACCUGAGUAUGGUUAAGACACUAAGCCUUGCUAUAGUUCGAACAACCAUCUUGGAAAGGAGGCCAAUAACUUUGGUUGCAAAGGCAAUGGAUAUCAUUCUUGAUUCAUACUCUCGUUCGAUGAAAAUGGUAGGCGGUGCUGCUGGGGUUAGGAGGACGUCUGAGCAAAACCAACAGUCAAGUUUUCAGCCUGUUGAGGACUCCCGUGUGGUUUCUCAGGAACCUCCUGGAACCAUGAUUGGACCUGUUAUCAACACUGAUUCAGUAAGUGGGGUUGAGAGUAGACAGUCACAGUCAAAUUCAGGAGUUGAGCAUGGAAUUGCUAACCUGGCAGCACAUGUAGAUAGGUCAUCUUUAAACACAUCCUCUGAUUCUGACGGUAUUGCCAAUACAUCGAGAGCGGUAAGUCAGGCAACAUCAAGCUCCCUGAUAUCUGACGCCACUGGCAAAAGACCGCAGUUUGUAGGCGAGGAUAGCCAACCAUUGGCUUCUGGUACAUCAAUGCAGCAUGGAACACAUGUUGCUAGUGUGGCAAUUUCACCAAUUGAAAUGGUCCAGUCCGUCUUUGUGCUUGUUGAAGAUGAAAUGAUGGGUGAUCCUGCAUACCUUAUUGCUGUCAUCAUGGAGUUUUUACGAAGCCUGUCAAAAGCUGGGCUGAAGGCUCCUCCUGACCUUUAUGUCAUGAUGACUGCUUUGCUGGCCUGCAGCAACCGUUAUGCUGAAAUAGCACUGUUUGUAUCGAACAAGAUCCUAGAGCCGUCCAGGGAACUCGCAAUGCAGCUCAUUGAACUGGGUCGACAGCAUUCACUGACAAGGAAGCUGGGAGUCGACAUGCUCCGGGAGAGGUGCCUGCACCAUGACUACGUGGCUGCAUUACUCCAAGACGGGUACUACCUGGAGGCUCUACGCUAUGCUCGAAAAUACAAGGUUAUCACCGUGCAGCCUUCCCUGUUUUUGGAGGAAGCCGUGGCCAAGAACAGCACGCCAAACCUUGCCGCCGUGCUGAGCUUUUUUGCUGAGCUCACGCCGAGCUUCAAGACGACGUCGGACUAUAGCAGAUAUCGGCACAUACUGUCGGAAAUGGUCUGA